AUGUCUGGCUCGCUGGUGGCCAAGAAGCGCUCGGCUGCAUGGGAUGAGGAGGAGAAGGCGAAGCCAAAGAAAAAGGCCAAAGAGCCCAAGGAAAAGCCGUCCAAGAAAAAGGCCAAAGACCAGCCGUGUGAUCCUUGGGAGUCUUGGGAUCCUUGGGCUUGGGAAGGUGCCUGGGGUCCCUGGAGCCCUUCCGCACCCUGGGGCCCUUCGGCGCCUUCGGCGCCUUCGGGCGCGGCCGCUGCGGCGCCUUCGGGCGCUGAGGGCGUUUCGGGCGCCUGGGUGGAGCCUCCGAAGGCGAAGAAGGACAAGGCGAAGGCGAAGAAGGACAAGGCGAAGGCGGCCACGGCCAAACUCAGCGGCCCGAGCCAGGCAAUCAAUCAGAACCAGUCGUUCUCCGGCGUGGUGACGGCGCUGCAGCCGAGGAGUGGGGAUCUGCUCAUCGACUGCCCGGCCAUCGCCCGCGUCUUUGGGCGGCCGCCGGUGAUCCCAGCGGCGGCCAACGACAUGGGCGCGCGCGUCGGCUCCAUCGUGGUCUUCCGGCUGCGGCCGGGCCCGGACCCGGUAGCCACAGACAUCGUCAUCAACGGCUUCGACUGGGAGCUCGGGGACGCGGAAGCGGAGGGAGUGGCCGAGGACGGCGCCGAGCGGCCUGGCUUCCUGCCGGGCAUGAGGCCGUUCCUGAAAGGCAAGUCCAAGGGCGAGGCCAAAGGAUGGUUCGGCGAAUGGAAGGGAAAGGGCUUAGGAGAGCAAAAAGGCUGGUCAGGAUGGGGCGAAUGGAAAGGCGAGAAAGGCAAAGGGCCCUUCGAGAAAGGCAUGGGAUACAAGGGUCCUGGAAAGGUGCCAGGAAAGGAAGCAUGGAGUGGAAAAGGCUGGUAG